CUUCUCGCUGUCAACUUCAGCCACUUCACCGGCAUCUAGAGAUCCCGGACAUGAGUCGAAAGAGGCCGAGUCUGGUCCCCGAGGCCUUCGGACUGAAGAGGCGGCGGAGACCCGGGCACGGCGAGGCGGAUCCUUUGAGGGGCGAGUCAGAGUCGGCGCGCGCGGCGGUGGCGGAGCUGGUGCAGCUGUUUCCCCGAGGCCUUUUCGAGGACGCGGUGCCGCCCAUCGUGCUGCGGAGCCAGGUGUACAGCCUCCUGCCCGACCGGACGGUCGCUGAUCGGCAGCUGAAGGAGCUUCAAGAACAGGGGGAGAUCAGAAUCAUCCAACUAGGCUUCGAUUUGGACGCCCAUGGAAUUCUCCUCACCGAGGACUAUAGGACCAGAGUCCUCAAGGGCUGUGAUGGCCGAACAUAUGCUGGAGCAGUGCAGAAGUUUCUGGAUUCAGUGCUUCCAGCCUGUGGGGACCUUAGCUUCCAGCAAGACCAAAUGACACAGACCUUUGGCUUCAGGGACCCAGAGAUCACGCAGCUGGUGAAUGCUGGUGUGCUCACUGUCCGAGAUGCGGGGAGUUGGUGGUUAGCUGUGCCUGGAGCUGGGCGUUUCAUCAAGUACUUUGUCAAAGGGCGCCAGGCUGUCCUUGGCAUGGUCCGGAAGGCCAAGUACCGAGAGCUGCUCCUUUCGGAGCUCCUGGGCCGGCGGGCACCAGCCACAGUGCGACUUGGCCUUGCCUACCACGUGCACGACCUCAUCGGGGCCCAGUUGGUGGACUGUGUCUCUACCACUUCUGGAACCCUCCUCCGCCUGCCAGAGACCUGACGACCAUACUUCUUGUUGCCUGCCACCCCGGAGGGGCAUGAGAAGCUCGCAGGAGUGCUGUCCAGUGGUGGCUGAGCCGGUGUCACCUUGGGAAGGCUCGAGAGCUAGGAGCAUUGGUUGGGCUGUGUCUAUACGGGGGUCAGAUGUUGGGCUGCUGUUUACUUGGGCUCCUGUCCAGCAGUGGGGAGUGGCCAGUGCUUUUCUGCCUUCCAUGGAAGAAGAGCCAGAAACCCACCCAAGGCCGGGGUCCCUGCCUUUAUGAGGCGACAAGAUGGUGCUGUUUCAGGGAUUUCUACGGGUGCUGAUAUAAGAAGAUAGUGUUCUCUUGCCCAAGUGUUGGGCAAAUAAAACUACCAAAUAAAGUACUUCUGCCUGUGA